AUGAGAAGGUAUGGAGAGCUGGAGACUCUGUCCCCUGAUAUCCCUCAAAUCCCAUGUCUCAAUCUUCGUCAUAAUGAGUUGGUGAUUGGUGACUCUUCUUCGGGCGGAAAAUCUCCGCGGUCACAGUGCUGUUCUGCAAGUUCUUUCUCUAAUGGCUUCUGCAUAUCUGCUGACGGAUCACCAUUUUCAUGUCCAUUUGAGGAGACAAGAUAUCAACCGCCAAUUAACCAUUAUCUUAAUGGACGAUGGUACAGCUCCAAGUCACCUGAUUCUCGUUGUCGGAAGAACAUCAAUACUGAAAAGUUGGUACGUCAUCUCAGUUUAUGCGGAUAUCUAGAUAGACUGCAUAUUAGAGAUGAAGAGCAUGGUACUGACCAAACCAGGCGAUUUGGCGUAGAUACAAAUGGUCUUUGGCCUGGGUUUACUGAUGGUUCUUCGGGUGUCAAUGGGAAUGUGUCCUGUUAUGCUGAUAAAAAUAAUCUGUGCAAUGGCGUAGACCCAAAUGGUCUUUGGCCUAGUGUUUACAAGCCCUGGUCUGCUGAUACCUUUGUCCACAAUAUUGGAGACGGAGGGGUCACUGGUCGUUUGACUUUUCCUGACUCAAUGCACCCCGAUCUGGCGUUGUUGAUGAAUUCAUCGUUGAAUGAGAGCACUUUUGUGAAACCAAAGAAUAGGUUUCCUACAUCUCUUGCAUCUCUAAGAAGUUCAGGGGAUAUAGAUGGUUUUAGUUAUGAGGAUAGUUUAAUCAUACAAGGAAAAGACUUGAAAUAUGCAGUCAGUGGAGUUCAUGAUCCUUCAAAGAGUCAGAAGAAAAAUUUCCCCAGCAGGACUGUAAUGUGUAAUACACAGGAGGAAAGCUCUAAGUUACAUAAUCUUAUCAAUCACGGAGUAUCCGAAACUGGGUGGAACUCGAUUACUUAUGGGAAUAUUCAGUUCCUACCAGCUCAACCUUCCAUGACCAAAGUCCAAGGUUCUGUGUAUUUCAUGGCGAAACACCAGAAUGGCUGCCGUUUACUACAGAGGAUCGUUGAGGAAGGAAGUUUUUCAAAUGUGGUGAUAAUAUAUAGUGAGAUUAUUGAUCACAUUGCAGAACUUAUGGUCGAUCCAUUUGGCAAUUAUCUUGUGCAGAAGUUGUUGGAUGUGUGCAGUGAAGAACAAAAAAUGCAGAUUCUGCUCAUGGUGACCAAAGAACCAGGAUGCCUUGUCAGAGUUUCUUUGAACACAUAUGGCACUCGCGUGGUACAGAAAUUGAUUAAAACCAUCAGAACCAGGGAGCAAAUUUCAUUAGUUAAAUCCGCUCUUGAACCUGGUUUUCUGGAUCUCGUCAAGGAUCUGAAUGGAAAUCAUGUGAUACAGCGUUGUCUGCAAUUUCUUAGCAUGGAAGAUAAUGAGUUUAUUUUCAAUGCUGCCACAAAGUCAUGUGUUAAUAUAGCAACCCAUCGACAUGGAUGUUGUGUACUGCAACGGUGCAUAGCUCAUUCCACUUUGCAUCAGCGAGAUGAGCUAAUCACAGAAAUUUCCAGAAAUGCCCUUCUUCUUGCACAAGAUCCUUACGGAAAUUAUGUUAUUCAGUAUGUCAUAGAGCUAAAGAUUCCUGGUGCAGCCGCCAACUUGCUCUCUCGGUUUAAGGGCAACUAUGUGCACCUCUCCAUGCAGAAAUUUAGCAGCCAUGUGGUUGAAAAAUGUCUCACGCAUGUUGAUGAAAGUCGGGCACAGAUUAUCCGUGAAUUGCUCUUAGUGCCUCGUUUUGAGGAUUUGUUGCAAGAUCCAUUUGCCAACUAUGUCAUUCAAUCUGCUCUAGCUGUUACUAAGGGGUAUCUUCAUGGUUCAAGAUGGUUGAAGCAGUCUGAUCUCACGAUGUUACGCAGCAGUCCAUAUUGCAGGAGGAUUUUCUCCCUCUUGAAGAAGUAAUGUAUGUUUAUG